AUGCAAACGUCGGGUUAGGGACAGACACGGGACUGACAUAUUAAGUGAAUUUUAAUUUAAAUUAGCAGUUAAAAUAAAAAAAAAAAACAUUUUUUUUCAGUAGACUUUUAGAUGACAUUUAUCUGGAUAAAUUGAAAUAUUUUAAUUUUUAUUUUUAAUGAUUUCAGUUUUCCGACUAAUUAACAGGACACGGGAUUAGUCGCUUUUGUGGCAAUCACCCAUAUGUAGUCUCCGAACUCAAAAACAUUAUUGUCGAAAAUUAAACUAUGCAAUGUAAAUAAUCGUCGUAAUUUUCUAGUAUGGCAUUUUAGAGCAGCAUCGCUCUUGGCUCUGUCAAAUUCAUCAGUAUUUUGAAUGUAAUUAUAAAUUCUAAAAACUUCUUUAUACGUUUCAGAAAUUGUACCGUCUUCUAAUAUUCGCAGAACUUCUCGUUUUUUCGUCAACAAAAUUCGCAAAAAGAACAACUCCAUUUGGUCUUAGGAUGCACAGUUGUUGCUUGCUAAUUUGUCUUCUUUUUUCCAUUCCACAUUUUUGUUAUCCUAUGUGUAAUAUUCCGGGAUUUCUGCAUACAAAUAUUGUCUUGCUUCUUCGUCUUCUCUAUUUAACGCUUCUAGUUUCUAUUCUAUUUUCUAAACGUCAUUAUAUAUUCUCAUGAUCGUAUAAUUUUUCAUUUAAAAUGGUUCGUUCUCCAUGUAGAUGCACGGACAAUACCAUAUCCAAAUGAGAUCGAUCGUGCGUUUUAAAGUCAAUGUUCCUUCAAUCGAGCUAACAUAUUGUAAAUCUUAAUAUUGGCGGAUUUCGUCUACCAUUACUUCUGUUUCUCUUUGUUGCUGUUAACUGUCGUUUGUGGCCGUUAUUGUUCUUCUUUGCGGUGUUGUUGCAGCACCCGCAGUAUUAUCGUUACCCAUAUACAAAGUAAUAGCAUCGUCUUUUUUAUGAAUAUAAUUAUGUAAAUAUUUUAUAGUAUAUUGAGGACUGACCACCUCAACAUUAAUGUGUGUGGUACAUCGACAGAAGAUAUUGAUUGUAGGGUCGAUUAUGGUUAUGUGCUGCUGAUAUUGUUACAGAUACAUCGUAUAAACAAUAUACGAUAUUACAGGCAAGAGAUAAAAAAACGGCCGAAGUACAAACGAUCCAAUGAUGGUCGGACAAUGUAUCUGGAAUAAUAGCAGCACGUAACCAAUCGACGUAUAUUACCCCACAAUCCAAACUAGAACAAUAAUGGCCACUAACAGCAGUCAACAGCAACAAUUAGAAACAGAAGUAAUGGUCGACGAAAUCCACCAAUAUUAUUUCCGAUAUGUUAGCUCGAUUGGAGGAACAUGUCGCAUUUUUGGAUUUAAAAUGCACGAUCGAUCUCAUUCGGUUAUGGUAUUACCCGUGCAUCUACAUAGAGAACGAAUCAUUUUGUAUGAAGAACUAGACGAUCAUGAGAAUAUACAACGACGUCUAGAAAGUAGAUCAAAAUUCGAAGCGUUUUUAAAAUUAAAUAGAGAAAACGAAGAAGCAAGACAAUAUCUAUAUGCAGAAAUCCCUGAACAGUACACGUGGGAUAACAAAAAUGCGGAACGAACGAAAAGAAAAUAAAUUAGCAAGCAACUAGGGUGCAUGAUAGAAAUUACUCUUUUAUCCGAAGACCAAAUGGAGUUGUUUUUUUUGCGAAUUCUGAUGACGAUAAAACGAGGAGAACAAGUUGCGAAGAUCUGCGAACAUUAGAAGACGGUCCAGAAGAUAAUUUUCUUGAGAAUUAUAUCUCUUUUAUCUUUCUAGUGCUUGCUCACUGGCUAACAAAUAGUGGUGGUUUAAUGAUGGAUUUCUUAGUUAAUCUUCUCCCGGUAUACCGCCGUACAUAUGAUGGAUUUGGCCACAAACGCCAAAUGAUUAGUGGCCUUGUUGUCCACGUUGCACACACGGACAAAUAACACACUUAGUGCGACAAAAAUGCAAAUCUAAAAUAAUUAAUAUAUUUUAUAGUAGUUUGUGCUAAGACAUAGUAACAAGAAUACUAGUAGUUAAUUCUCAUUAUGUAUUUUAGAAAUGAAUACAGAUAAUAAAUAAUAACAAACCAUAUAAAAUUUUAAUGG